AUGGGGAAGGUUCACCUCCCAGAAGCGCGGGAUCCAAAGCUGGUGGAAUACCUGGACAGCAGUCGAGAUAAGCAAGAGACAUUUGAUCACAAGGAUGGCUUGGUGGCGGCGGUGUCCUGCAAGCUGGCGCGCAGCGGCGCUCACCGCAGCGCUCCGCCCGCAGAUGACAAGGUCGAGGAGACCAUUUGGGAGUACAAGGCGCUGAUACUGGACAGGGACAAGAAGCCCAAGGGUCCCCAGACGUGGGUGAGCAAAUCGACCUCUUUCAUCAGAGUUAAAGAAAGCGACCCGGAUCUCCAGUACGAAGCCUGCGAGUUGGGCAACGGGAGCGCGUACGAUGUGGCCUUCAGGAUCACUAAAGCCAACGGACUUCAGUUCAACCCCGACCACGGCGUUCUCAAGCCUAACGAGAAGGUGCCACUCAAGUUCAAAGUGCGUCCAAGCACGAGGCGACCCGAGCAGGCCGAGAUCGAGAUCCUGGCGAUACGCGUCAACCCGACCAACAGCGACAAGGUGAUCGAGGAUAAGUGGCGCCUGGUGCCCGCCAACAAGGUGUCGCGCGUCCGCCACACCGUGCAGCUAAGGGCGCCCGAGAAACCCAGGCAGCGGCCGUUCCCGCCAUCUCCCGCAGUGCCCCACGUGACGCCCCCGGAACGGACUUCUGGGCAUGCAGAGGAGCGGCGUGCGGAGGACCGGCGUGCGGAGGAACGGCGUGCGGACGGGAAAGAGGCGGACCGGCCGGCGGCGCCCGCGGUCGAUUGGUCGGAGCGAUGGAGAUCGCGCUCCGAAGCUCGGCCGCGACCGCAGGAUGUCCCUCUUGAGCGUGUCGUCCCAGCCCGACAGGAAGCCAACAGUUCCUACAGUGCCAUCCACGUGACCGUGGCCUUGUUGGCGUUGGCGGUGCUCUGCCUAAUAGUUCAAGUAUGCCGCCUCUGGAUCCGCGUGAACAACAUCGGCGAGAACUUCUGCGACAAGCACUACUGCAUAUGGUUCUUCUGUCGAUGAGCCGCUCGCCAUGCGUGUUGCGCAAGCUGUGGACAAGUGGGUUAACCACGCGUCCGCCUGCUUAACCCGUCCCAACAGGCCGAUGGGCGACCGCUCAUCGCUUCCUGAACGACAGUACGGCUCCGCUCAUGUAAAUAAAUACGACUCCACGAGGGGUACUUGUUUUGCCUAAUUAAUUUCUCCAACUCCACGGCUUGGCGCAACCGG